UCCGGAACAUGGCGCCGACGAUCCCAAUUACGCUGUGUCAAUCUGUUGGCAGCCAAGCUGAAGUAUUCUAGAGGGAAUGCCGUCUACUGUUUGUAAAACUAAGAGCGUGAUUGUUGAAACUCUUUAUUGAAAAUGCUUUAGAAUAUAUUACAUGUAUAUUGCUUAAUUUUUUGAAGUUUUCAACGCUGUUACAGGCAUGUGUUUGGCCAGCUAUGUGGGGCGGGUUGAGCGUGAACAAGGAAGUGCGGGGAUCUCGUGCGCGCGCGCGCUGUUCUGUCGUUGCUGGCUCGUCGAAAAAAAAAGUUGACCGGAAGCAGCAGGCAACCAUCUGUCUUUCUCUGACGAAGUCAGGCCGCCCCUUACCACGGUUUGGGGCUGAAAAUAGUGACAGUUAACACCGCCACGACCGUGGAGAAGUGCCGAAGUAAACGGUUUGUCUUGCAUCAGCAUCGUUUUCAUUGGCGCCAAUUUAAUUCGGUAUCGAGUCGGCUUUCCAACACCCUGACGGAGAACACUGGAGUUGCCAUGUAACUCAGACGACGCACAAGCAAUGCUACAAGAUGAAAAGCCGCUUGUCGCUUAACAGCCCGUGGGAUCCCUCUGCAUCCAUCUCAACAUGAGCUCCAAAUGGGAGCGUCAUCUGAUGCCAUAUGUUCUCCAGUGGACAGUUUCACCUAUUGCAUGCACAAGACGGCAUUUUCUGGCGCUUCAACCUUUUGCGUCCAUCAGCAGUCUGUCGGCCCCCGGGGAAGGACUCAUGUAAUUGUGUCGGCAGACCAUCAACAACAUGGCGUCGGCGUUCUUCACAGUUCCAGUGAGUACCAUUGGGGCCAUCAUCCGGAAGUGGAAAGAACACGGCAUUACCAUAAACCAGCCACGGCCAGGUGCUCCUCGCAAGAUUUCAGACAGAGGAGUCAAAACAAUCAUCAGAAGGGUUCUCCAACAGCCCAGGACCACUCGUGGAGAGCUUCAGAAAGCCCUGGAAUCAGCAGGCUGCUGAAGAUGAAAAGAGGGUGGAUCUUUCAGCAAGACAACGAUCCCAAGCACACAGCCAAGGUAACACUCAACUGGUUGAAGAAAAAGAAAAUAAAGCUGCUAGAAUGGCCCAGUCAAUCACCAGACUUGAAUCCAAUUGAAAAUCUUUGGAAAGAACUGAAGAUCCGGGUUCACAGAAGAGACCCCCGGAACCUUGAAGAUUUGAAGGCAGUUUGUGUGGAUGAAUGGGCCAAAAUCACACCUGAGCAAUGUAUUCGACCGGUUUCUCCAUACAGGAGGCGUCUUGAGGCUGUAAUCACCAACAAAGGUUUUUGCACUAAGUAUUAAAUAAAUUUCAGUACGCGUGUUCAAUACUUAUUCCCUGUGCCAUUUCACUUUAUUACACAUAACUUAAUU